AUGAAUGCGUGUUUUCUGACAUAUCGAACUGUUUACCACCGAGGCGCGCAAGGAUUUGACGGAAGGACGCCGGCACUGUGGGCGGAGGUUGUGCCACUGGGCGCCGGGCAGGAUGUUGGUCGCAGUUGUAUUUUGGUAUCCAUUGGUGGCAAAAAUGUUAUGCUCGAUUGUGGCAUGCACAUGGGCUACUCCGAUGAGCGCCGUUUCCCGGAUUUUUCGUAA